AACCACAACAGAAUCAUUAGCCAGAUAUUUGCUGCAGCUACUCAGAAUAAUAUCCCACAUUUUCCCAAUUCACAUCGAGGCUAAUAAAAACACACAUUUUUUUCACUCAGAGAAAGACUCAAGAAAACAAACAAAAUGGAGAAGAUAGAACACAAGAUGGUAGCUGUAAAUGGCCUAAAUAUGCAUAUAGCAGAAUUAGGCCAAGGCCCAACAAUCCUCUUCAUCCAUGGCUUCCCUGAGCUCUGGUACACAUGGCGCCACCAAAUGGUCUACUUGGCUGAACGUGGCUACCGUGCUGUGGCGCCUGACUUAAGGGGUUAUGGAGAUACUACUGGUGCACCCAUUAACGACCCUUCAAAGUUCAGUAUCUUUCACCUUGUGGGUGAUCUUAUAGCACUACUUGAAGCCAUUGCUCCUAAUGAAAACAACGUGUUUGUUGUUGCGCAUGACUGGGGUGCAUUAAUUGCUUGGCAUUUAUGCCUUUUUAGGCCAGAUAAAGUUAAAGCCUUGGUGAAUUUGAGUGUUCAUUUUUCCCCAAGGAACCCAAAGAUGAAUCCUGUUGAGGGGCUAAAGGCUGUAUAUGGGGAAGAUUAUUAUAUCUCGAGAUUUCAGGUACAAGGAGAUAUUGAAGCUGAAUUUGGUCCAAUUGGUGCUAAGUCUGUUCUUAAGAAAAUUUUGACAUACCGCGAUCCUGCACCAUUUUAUUUUCCUAAAGGAAAAGGCCUUGAGGCUAUCCCUGAUGCUCCGAUUGCCCUUUCAACGUGGCUUUCUGAGGAAGAGUUGGAUUACUAUGCCAGCAAGUUUGAGCAGACUGGUUUCACUGGUGCACUUAACUAUUACCGAGCUUUAUCCAUAAACUGGGAACUCACGGCACCAUGGACAGGGGCUCAAGUUAAAGUUCCGACCAAGUUUGUCGUUGGGGAAUUUGACUUGGUUUAUCAUAUGCUAGGUGCUAAAGAGUACAUACACAAUGGUGGAUUUAAGAAAUAUGUUCCAUUGUUGGAGGAAGUUGUGGUUUUGGAAGGUGCAGCUCACUUUGUCAACCAAGAAAGGCCAGAUGAGAUUAGCAAGCACAUCUAUGACUUCAUUCAAAAGUUCUAAACUUCCUCUUUUCCUUUGAAUUUUUGUGGAAAUAUGAUCUCAUUAAUGUUGUUCCUGUUACUUAGAAGAAAGGAGUAGUAAUCAGUCUUGAUUAAAGAGCCAGAAUAAAUUAGUAGCUCUGCUACAAUUUGUGUAAGCAAGUGUCCAUUAGUUGUCAUAAUUUGGCUUGCAAGUUUGAAUUUGGAACAUUGUGAGAGAUUAGUGAUGACUUGUCUGAAAUUUAUGUUAGCUACGGAUUAUUUAACCCCAUAAUUUGGCUGUAAGAUCCCCAUUUGUGGAACAACAUUGGAUAUGUUGUAAUUAGUUUGAAUUUAGAAUGUUUUGAUGUGAAAGAAUUAACGUCAUAAUUUGGCUUGUAAGUUCCUAAUUUGUGGAACCA